GCUGCUGGAAAUGACAGUCAGGAACAUGCUACUGUCUGAGGCGCACAUAGAAGCCGCGCGGGUGCUGGUGAGGGAUACCACGACGGGGACUUUGGUACGUCUCACGAGUACCCAACGCUCACACCCACAUUACCCGCCCACUGAAGACCCGCCGAAGGUGAACACCACAACGGAGGUAACCGGUGUCGAAUACCUCCCUUGGUACGAAGACGUCUACAAUCAGACAUGGAACUCAACCAAAUUCCAGAAGAACUUGAGCAACCCAGUGUUCAUAGGGUGGUGGACGUACCCCUACUACCACUGCGACACCAAGCGAUGGCUCCUGAGUUACACGGUGCCCCUGACCACUGACCUGAUCCCUGGCGGAAACACCAACGUUAACACUGCGCCGAAAAUCAGUGACUUCGGGAUGCUCAGCCUGGAUGUGGACGUGACCUCGCUUGACAUCAACCAGUGCGACCCCACCUACGACGCCAACGGACAGCUAGUUGACCCGCCCGAGUCCCAGCUGUCUUACUUCCUCGGGACCCAUAAAUGUGACAAGGAGUCGGCGAAGUGUGUGUUUACGCCAGGUUAUGGAUGGCUGAGAGGUGGCUACAAGUGCGAGUGCAGGGAAGGAUUCUUCGCCAGGAACAAAACAUUCAAUGGCACUCUUGUCGAAGUGGCCUGGGCGAGCAAGACGCAGUCCCAGAACCCGACGUACCAGAUGUUGUACGUGUGUCACAAGUGUCCUCCCGACUGCAAGGACUGUAAGAGUGACGAACCCUGCAUGGCCUAUUAUAACUGGCCUUUUAGGAUCGCGUUAUUGACCAUCUCGAUCCUGUGCAUCCUUCUCACCCUGGUCCUGAUGGGGAUGGUGUAUCAUUACCGCAGCGUCAAGGUCUUUAGGCUGGCUUCGCCCACGUUCCUCUGCAUCUGUCUCAUCGGUUGCAUCAUCAUGUACUUGGAGAUGGCCGCCAUCUUCCCCGUUCUGGACAUGUACUCGUGUGUGGCAACUAAGUGGACGCGGCACCUCGGGUUCUGCAUCACCUUCUCUUCGCUGCUCCUCAAGACGUGGAGAGUCUCGCUGACGUACAGAGUGAAGUCAGCGCACAAGAUCAAGCUGACGGACAAGCAGCUGUUGCAGUGGCUGACACCAAUGCUGCUGAUCAUGGUGAUCUACCUGAGCGCCUGGUCGCUCAGCGCCACGCCCACCACCGACGUGAUCCGCGACAGCAGCGGCCUCAAGUUCCUGCAGUGCGAGUACAACUGGUGGGACCACUCCUUGGCGAUGGGCGAAGUGCUGUUCCUCAUGUGGGGCGUCAAAGUGUGCUUCAGCGUGCGCAAGGCUGAGAGUUUCUUCGACGAGGCCACCUACAUCUCGUGGGCUGUCUACAACAUCGCGGUUGUCAACAUUGUUAUGGUGACUUUCCAUCUGCUGAUCUUCCCCAACGCAGGCCCAGACAUCAAGUACUUGUUCGGGUUCUUGCGGACACAGUGCAGCACCACCAUGACUAUUCUUUUCAUUUUUGGCCCCAAGUUCUACCGCAUCGCGAAGGGCACGGGAGACCAGUACGACAACCGCGCUCGAGCCAAGGGCGUGACGGCGAGCUUCUCCCUCAAUGGGCUGGGUGUGAUGAAUGAGGAACCGGCAGAUCUGUACCAGGAGAACGAGGAACUCAAGGAGGAGAUCCAGAAGCUGGCCGCGCAGAUGGAGUUCAUGAAGAUCGUCCACAUGGAAAUGAACAACCGCCACCUCAAGCCAAAGCCGGGCGGGUACUUCAGCGAGAAGAACUCCGUCAUGAACACCGCCCAAUCGCCGGGAGCCAAGAACACCAUGCCGAGUAGGAUCGAGACUGGCAACGAGAACUCCUCCUCCAGGCUGUCCCCCGCGGCUGAACUGGCCUCCGAAAGGGUCUGACUAGUUGCCCAGAGUGAAGAGGUAUGGUUGUAAGGGUGACGUCAGGCGGAUAGGAGUGAGGAGCCGCUCAACGUCAGCCGAAGCAGGGUGGAAAGGCCGCAGAGGCCGACACAUGAUACCGCCUUUUUAGGGAAUCAUUGACAAAAAGAAAUGUUGAUAUGGAAUAAUGUUAGCCAUGUGUCAAUCCAGAAUCGUUAUAAUUCUUCUUGAUUUUGUAUAUCUUUUCUUGUCCAUAUAUACUUAUAUGUCAAGGCAAGGCUUUAAUGUUAUACCCUGUGUCCUAGCGCUGUCAGUUGACCUGAUAUUCACACGACCAGAAACAAGGUAGAGAUUGUACAAGCUAAGAGUUCAAUUCCUGUUCAGUGAGUAAUAUCAGGGAAGCUCUUGUCUCAGGAAGGGACUUCAUGUGAAUGGCUUCUGAUAUCCCGGUGAAUUUCUUUUAUCAGGAAGGGAGAACAAAAUGGAGCAACUGUCACUCACGUAAAAUAAUCAAGAUCGAAACAGCCUAACCUUUAUUUCUUAAACUUAAAUUCAAUUGAAUUUCAAAAGGAAUCCAUUUUGUCAACACACUGAGGGGAAAAAAGUAUAACACGCUCAUGAAGCGUGACAGACGUGGUAACUGUCCUUACUUAUUUGUUGGUUGUUCCGCCUGUGUUGUAGAGACCCCUUCCCUACAGCCACCUUACGCAGUGUCGUGUGCACUUCAGCUCUCCAUUCCUGUAGUGUCGUGUGCACCUCCGUGCCCUUCCCCAUGCCCGCUGCACACCCACUCCUAUGGCACGUCACCUAGGAACUUACAACUACACUUCCUCACCCAAAGGCUUACUCCCUGACCGGUUUCUGUCAGUUGCCUCUGAUCCGAGUGAGAUUCGAGCUGUGUGUUGAUCGUAUUCAGAUGCUUCACUCUUACUUUGGUUCCACUUGCCGAACAACCGCGUCAGCCUGGACAUGAAGGCUUUUGGCAAUGUCUAGCGGGUGUCUUUCUUAAAAUAUGGUUGUAUGUUGAUUAUCAAAAACCCUUACCUGAUUGAAUUAGGUCAGUAACCCUGGAUAACCUACUUUCUGGUACUGAGCCCUGAUAACAUGAUCAAACCUACUAAGCCCUGGUAAUUUACCAUGCGUUACUGAGCCCUGGUAUCUUAUCUUGGGAUUCUUCUUAGCCCUGGACCUUUUCGGGCUUACUUUCAACCCACACAAAUCUGUUGGACUAUAGGAUCUUAUCAUGAUUUUCUUGACAAUUUUUUUUAUUUUUGUAUCCUCAUCCUGAAACCCCACUGCUUUCUUCAAAUUCAUUAAAUUUCGGAAUACACUAGUAGGGCACGAUAUCUUUACUUACAGGUUAAAACUUGUGUUGCAUCUCUAUCACAAACGCGUUUCUAACCACAUACUAUCUGUCGAAUGUUACUCAUCACUUGUAAAUCAUGCUGAAUAAGCAAUCCUUGAAGAUGAGUAAUUCUAAUAUCAAGUACCUACUGAAAUAUGUAAAGUACAUUUGUUAAUGAUAUACACAUUAGAACAGGAGAAUUGCGAGUUUUUGACUUCUGAAGCACGACAAGAAUGCAACCAAAUCUCAAAACUUUGACAAAAGAUUAUUUUCAGUGAAGUGAUUCAUCUAGUUAAGCACAAUUCCGGAAGGCAUUUCCUUAUCAAGAUGCCAUAUACAUAGAUCCUUUGUUACUACCAAGGCACUACGCAUGCGUUGUAAACCGAUGUGUUAGAAAAGAUCAGAAUACGUUUCCUUGUUCAAUGCGCCUACUCACCAGUGAUCAUUUCCACGUCAUUACAUAAACAUCACCAACGGAGUUCCUGAGUUCAUCUUUUGAAGACAGCAAAGAACACCGCUUCGUAGCCAUUGAAUAUCGAAGAGAACGGACAUUUUGAUGAAGGGAACACGCAGGCCUUAAGUGGGAAAUUAUUUACUUUUUUGUGAGAGGAAAGGGGCCUGUGUGUCUGAGAUAAAUAUUGAAGGUAUGAAGGGACCAAGUCAAAGAACUUCGUAAAGAGAAUAUUUUAGUUAUUUAAGAUAGUUAGAUAAGUAGUGAAUGCGGCAAGCAAAUUCUAAUUUGGUUAUUUAAAACCAUGUAAUCUCACAUGAAAGGUGUAACAGAAAUGUGUCGUUUGAAACAUUUUUAGAGAAAUAAAUCAGUACUAUACUUUUCACUGAACUCAAUUCCAAAGAACGUUCCAGUUAUCAAAAAUAAUAAUAAUAAUAAUGAUAAUAUUAUACUUUUCGAAGUUACGGGCUGACUCACUAUGAGAACUGAACAUUUAAUUACGUAACCUGAGCCAGCCUGAUCCCCCAAGCCGUUUUCUUUCCACUGAUUGUCGUAGUUAAGUGUGCGUUUUCUUUGCGCAGUUCGAGAUUCUGUAACAGAAAACGGACUUUUGCAGGAGUAACUUGAAAGGACUAUCAUGUAAUUGUUUUUCUUCCAAAGAAUUAUAUAGUAAUUUAUAUGGAUCAUUGUCAUAUUAUAUCAUCAAUGUUCAGUGUCAAAUGAAUUUUUUUUGUUUUUUGUUUUUAGUUUUCUUAAGUAACAAGCGAUGUAAGAAUUAUAACCAUAUAUUUCAGCCUGUUGUUCGCUGCAUGUAUAGUAAACCUCUAUAACUUCUAUGUUGUCUGGUUUAUGCCAUAGGUAUUAAGUGAUUCCUGCUGGAUGGAUUAAAUAUGUUUAGAUUUAAUGAACCAAAUAAAAGAUUACCAUGAA